AUGCCAAAUUGGUACUACGAUAAAAAAGACCUGCGUAACACACCAUCAGCUAGAGAUGGGGUUGACUAUGAAACUGAGAGACGAUACCGCAAGGAAGGUGCACGAUUCAUUAUGGAAGCCGGUGCGUCGAUGAGUUUAGGGCACAACACCGUGGCCACGGGAGUUGUUUACUUCCAUCGGUUCUACAUGUUCCAUUCGUUCCGAACAUUUCCGCGCUUUGUCACAGCAAGCUGUUGUUUAUUUCUCGCCGGCAAGGUUGAGGAAACGCCAAAAAAGUGUAAAGACAUAAUCAAAACCGCCCGCACACUCCUGGCCGACGACAAAUUUGUUUCGUUUGGAGAUGAUCCCAAGGAGGAAGUCAUGACGUUGGAGCGAAUCCUGCUUCAAACCAUUAAGUUUGAUUUGCAAGUGGAACAUCCUUAUUCGUUUCUGGUUAAGUACGCAAAAUGCCUAAAGGGUGAUCCAGCAAAGCUGCAGAAAAUGGUCCAGAUGGCGUGGAACUUUGUGAACGAUUCCCUUAGCACAACUGUUUCGAUCCAGUGGGAACCUGAAAUUAUCGCUGUGGCACUGAUUUACUUGGCGAGUAAGCUGAGUAAAUUCACCGUAGUAGACUGGGUGGGCAAGCAGCCGGAUCAUCUCAAAUGGUGGGAUAUGUUUGUGCAAGAUGUGACAAUGGAAAUAUUGGAGGAAAUAUGCCAUCAAGUACUGGAUCUCUAUCAGCCAGCCCAAGCGGGGAAUGCUCCGCCGGAUAGUCCUCCACAGCUUCCACCCAGUAAAGCAUCGCCUCCGAUGAAACGCGCUAAUAUUUCGCCAAUAACUAGCAAAAACUCGCCCAACAUUGCGGCCAAGACUCCACUACCGCCUAUGCCACCUGCCGAAAUAGAAUCAAAUCCCAUUCCGAAGCAUAUCACAACCGAUAGCUCGCAUUAUCCAUAUCCUCCGUACCCGAUGCACACUGCGCCACCGUUGCCUCCACAGACUCAUGGACCGCCGCCACCGUACGCCGCUAUGCCUCCAGUGAUGCCGCCACAACCGCCUCAACCAUGGCAGCAUUAUCAGCACCCGCAUACCAACAAAUACUAUCCUCCCGGACCACCUCCAGGAAGAAAUGCCUAUUAUCCUCCUCAGUAG